AUGCGCGAGGCCUUAGGACGGUGGGUCCGUGGCGUUUGGGGAGCUCGGAGCUCGACAGCCGCUCCCUCCCGCUCGGCCCUCCGGGGCACGGGAGGCCCGGAGGACCCUGCCCGGCGCUCGGGCGUUUCCUGCCGGGAGGGCCGAGUCGUUCGGGGCCUUCCCGGCGGGAUCGGCGCUGGAGCAGGGCAGCUGGGCGGAUCUGGAAUGGCCAGAGGGCCAAAGUUAAGAAAAACCCAAGGAGGGAAGCAAGAGAAAAAAGUUAUCCAUCCUUACAGCAGAAAAGCAGCACAGCUUGCAAGGGAAGCACACAAACAGGAAAAGAAAGAAAAGUUGAAGACUGACAAAGCUUUGCGUUUGAGUAUCAUUGGAGAAAAAUUGGAAUGGUUUCAAAGUCACCUUGACCCCAGUAAGAUUGAGUACACCAAGAAGGAAGCUGGUGAACUAAUUGAAAAUUACAUGUGUCGAUUCAAUGCUGAAUUGGAGCAGAUUGAAUUACAAAACAGUAUUAAAGGCAGACAAGGAAGACAACAUAGCUCACGGGAAACUGUCAUCAAGCAGACCAUAGAACGUGAAAGACAACUGUAUGAAGGCUAUGGAAUAGAAAUCCCAGACAUUAUGAACAGAAAGCAUCUUAAAUUUUUCAGAGAAUGGGAUGGUGAUCUGAGGAAACUGCCAAACAUCAAAAUGAAAAAGCUCUCAGCUAGGGAUGCUGCUUGCAGUCACCCUGAGGUGGCAGAUGUAGAAGCUAAAGAAGAACUGAAUAAAGCAGAAGAGGUGGCCUAAUGAGCAACAGCUGAUUCAAGAGCUGAAACAGCUGAAGGGCAUUGUAAGAAACCUAUUUUAAUUAUCAGUGGAAAUAAAAAUAAAUUUGAACUAUAUUU